AUGGACUCUGUAUCUCGAAGACUCUUAAAAGAACUCCGUGCUUAUGAAAAAGAGUCAAGAGCGCAUCCAGAGAUUCUAGAACUGUCUCCUGAAACAGACGAUGAUUUGUUAGUGUGGAGAGCCAAACUUGCGGGUCUUCCAGAAACACCUUAUGAAGGAGGUGUCUUUGACCUUUCGAUUACCAUCCCUCGUAAUUACCCCAUUCAACCACCCACCAUUCGCUUCAUUACAACAAUCUGCCACCCCAACGUUCAUUUCAAGACUGGUGAAAUUUGUUUAGAUAUCCUCAAAACAGAGUGGUCUCCCGCAUGGACACUUCAAUCAACCAUACUGGCUAUUUCACUCUUACUAUCUAAUCCAGAACCUUCAUCUCCACUCAACUGUGAUGCAGCAAACUUACUACGAUGUGACGAUAGACUUGCGUACGACAGCCUCGUAAGAAUGUACACUCAACUCUACGCUGUACCUUUUGAGGGUGAGAAAGACGAUUGA